AUGGGAGAGGCAGCAGAGUACAUGAGAGAUGAUGAAGAAGCUGCUGCAGCAGCAGCAUCAAAGCCACACUUCGUGCUGGUGCAUGGAAUCGGUGGAGGAAGCUGGUGCUGGUACAAAAUCAGGUGCCUCAUGGAGAAUUCAGGGUAUAAAGUCUCCUGUAUUGAUCUCAGAGGAGCAGGCAUUGAUCCAGCAGAUGCUAAUUCUAUCCUUUCUUUUGAUGAUUAUAAUAAGCCUCUCAUGGACUUCAUGUCUUCCUUGCCUGAUAAUCACCAGGUGAUAUUGGUCGGGCACAGCGCUGGAGGGCUAAGCGUAACGCAGGCCACCCACAAGUUCGCAAAGAAGAUCAGAGUAGCAGUAUAUGUGGCUGCCACCAUGCUCAAGUUUGGUUACUUGACGGAUCAAGACAUUCAAGAUGGAGUUCCUGAUCUGUCCUCAUUCGGAGACGUGUAUGAGGUAGGAUAUGGAUUGGGAAGUGAACAGCCUCCUACCUCUGCCAUUGUCAAGAAACAAUUCCAACGCCUAAUCAUCUAUCAGAUGAGUCCACAAGAGGAUUCGACCCUUGCUUCUAUGCUUUUGAGGCCUGGACCGAUCCUAGCAAUACUGUCAGCAAAAUUCAAAGAGGAGGAGGAGGAGGGGACAGAUAAGGUGAAGCGUGUUUACAUUAAGACAAGGCAUGAUCAUGUGAUAAAACCAGAACAGCAAGAUGCAAUGAUAAAGAGGUGGCCGCCAUCUGAGGUGCACAUUCUGGACAGUGAUCACAGCCCAUUCUUCUCCUCUCCAUUUGUUCUCUUUGGUUUGCUUCUAAAGGCAGCUGCUGCUUCUGUCUAGGGAUUAAUUCCUGCUUCUUAUUUGAUCCAAUAAAAUUCCAUCUCAGAAACUGCACCCUUUUUCUUUCUUUUUUUUUUUUUAAGGAAACCCCUUAGGAGCUCAAAUUGCUCCAAAUCAAAUGGCAUAAUAUGUAAUUUCGUCUUAAUAUUUAUUUAAUGAGAAUUGAGGAUGUUUUAAUCCUGAAA